AUGAUUGAAAUCGCGGCUUUGUUACUUUGCAAACUAGGAGGCCAAGGAGGUUCCUCAGAUGAGGUCAAAGCAGUGAUCGAGGCCGCUGGGCUGGAAGCCAAUGAAGAGCAACUAGCAAAGCUGAUUGGCGACAUGGAGGGUAAAGACGUCAAUGAAUUGAUGGCAGCUGGAUCUGAAAAGAUCAAGGAUGUUCCAUUUGGAGGUGGUGGUGGAGGAGGUGGCGGUGCUGGCGAUGGCGGCGGUGCAGGUGCAAUAGAAGAAGCUAAGCCGGAAGAAAAGGAAGAGGAGGAAGAAAUGGACCUCGGCGGUGGAAUGGAUAUGUUUGGAGGAGAUGAGGGCGGCGGUGGCGGCGACUAUUAA